AUUCUCGCUAUGCUACCGACAUGUCCGUCCUUUUUGAGCACGCUCAAAAACCUAUCCUUCGAGUGUUCUUCGAGCGAGAACGGACCCAGUGGUCCUCCGGCUUCAAUGUCGCUUCCACCACGCUGCACGAUCGAGGAGAUCCUGGAUCCACGCAACUUGCAAAAGUUCAUGUACGCACUGCAUAUUGUCGAGAGUUUGUGCAAGUCCAAGUUCAUGGGUGUGUGCUGUGGAGCCCCCGGUGGAGCUAAUGCUGGCGCCGUAAAACCGAUCACAUCUUUCGGUGCCAUUGGUGCUGGUGUGGCUAGUACCAGCGGGGGUGGCGGAGGAACAAGUGCCAAGAUACUGUCGGUGAAAAGUCAGCUAAAGCUCAAAAUAUCGACCUCGAAGUCACUGAAAAUGGCCCAGACGCAGGCUAUCGGCGCCUGUCCUGCGCCUUCGAUCAGCGAAGUGAAGCAGAGCGAACUACCGGUCGUCGCGGAAGGUGCUACCAAAGUGGAACCAUCAGAUCCAGAUCAGGAUAUACCGGUGGCGCCUAAAGAUGGUGAUAGCAGCAGCAGGAGCAGCAGCAGCAGCAGCAGUAACCAUCAAGCAGCUCAGCUAGAGGAACAACGUCGGGGUGAAGUUGACGAGACCACCGAAAGCACAGAGUCCAGUUCCACCAGAGCUGGCUCGGCAGCUGCCGGCAGUGAGGAUACAAAGAAAAUGGAACCCCACGACAGUAUCGAGUGGAGCGACGAGUUUAUUCGUUGCGGUGGCUUAGCACAUCUGUAUCGGAUCUUCCUGUCCGGUGUGUUGCAGAAGCGGGCUGAUGGUUCGGAUGAUGAUGAGCUGAACGAAUGGCGACACGAUUGUUUGGCUUCGCUCCUCCGAAUUCUUUGUCUGCUCGGAAUGGAAGAGCUACGGGCAGAUGGGAUGGUAGGAGAUGGAGCGGCGAUCAAAAUUCCAUCGCUUAACCGUGCCACUCUCGAUCUGCUUGAGGUACGGCCAACGCUAGAACGGAUCGCUUCGAUACUGAACGAGGAAUCAUUGCCGCUCAAUCCAAAUCUCUUCAAAACGGGACUGUUCGGUAGACCGCAGGUUAUUCAUUAUGCGAUGAAUCUGCUCGUUUGCUACGCACACUCCUGCCCGGAAGUGCACCGCAUCCUAUGGACAAUCGAUGCCAACUCACACUGGCUACAGCGGCUGAUUCUCGAUGAUCCGGAACCGGCGGUGCGCCGGGAAGCAUGCGCCGCCCUGUAUCGUUUGUGUUUGGGCAACUCGCACACGUCGUUCGAAUUGAUGGCGCCGUUGCUGUCGAAGCUGGUAGCGCUCCUCCCGAUGGCAGAAAACAUGAAGCCUCAGAGCACGGCGGCUGGUGCGCUAACGGGUGUUUCCGGUAUCUACGCGGCACUGUUUUCCUCGGGUGACGAGGGCAAAGAACCGUACGGGCCUGCGUGUCGCGAUUACUUCUGGUUGCUGUGCCGGUUGGUUGAGUCCCUGUCGCCUCAACCGGUCAAGGGAGGAAACAACACGGUAAUGAUGGCGAUGGAGGACGGUAACGGUAUGCAGCAAAUGAAUGCGAUCGGCCUGGAUGCGAUGUGCCAGCAGGUAUCGCGGAGCAUUCUGGAGCGCGAUUAUCUCGAAAGCCGCCACGGUAGCCCGGACGAUGGACUCUUCGGGCUGCUCAAUCUGAUGGCAAAUCUGCUGAAGUUCGAUCCUCCGUUCAAGUUCAGCCCCGCAGGCCAGGAGUUUAUGCUGAGCGUGUUCGGUUGUCUGUUCGAGCUGCCAUCGCCCGAGGAUCGGGAAAAGCCGAAAUGCAAGAGCCACAAUGCACGGGCAGCCGCAUACGAUCUGCUGGUAGAAAUGUGCCACAAUGCACCGAAAAACUAUCUGCUCCUGCAUAGUAAGCUCAUGCAGCAGCACCGUGCGGGACCACAUUCGCACUACCCGUGGGAUUAUUGGCCGCAGGAUGAUGGGCGCUCCGAGUGUGGCUAUGUUGGGCUCACCAACCUUGGUGCCACGUGCUAUAUGGCUUCCUGCAUACAGCACCUCUUCAUGACACCGCAAACCCGGGACGCCAUCCUCUCCAUCUCGAAUGAUGCCCCGCAGAAGCACCGGACGACGCUUUGCGAGCUACAGCGAAUGUUUGCCUAUUUGAUGGAGUCAGAGCGUAAGGCGUACUGUCCCCGCUCGUUCUGUCGCGUGUACCAGAUGGACCACCAACCGCUGAACACUGGAGAACAGAAGGAUAUGGCCGAGUUUUUCAUCGAUCUCGUGUCGAAGCUGGAGGAGAUGACGCCGGAGUUGAAACAUCUCGUGAAGCGCAUCUUUUGCGGUGUCAUCAGCAAUAAUGUUGUGUCCUUAGACUGUGGACACGUUAGCCGUACGCUGGAGGAGUUUUACACCGUCCGGUGUCAGGUGGCGGAUAUGCGUAACCUGCACGAGUCACUUGAUGAGGUCACUGUGAAGGAUACGCUCGAGGGUGACAACAUGUACACGUGCUCACAGUGUGGCAAGAAGG